CUGCACUACGGGACCCUCCUGGGCAGCAGAGCUUGUGCCCACAUGGCAGCAGCUGCCUGGGCCAGUGCCUUUCUCACUGCUCUACUGCAAACAGCCAACACAUUUUCCCUGCCCCUGUGCCAUGGCAAUGCCCUGGGCCAGUUCUUCUGUGAGGUUCCCCAGAUCCUCAAGCUCUCCUGCUCACACUCCACCUUAAGAAAAAUUUGGAUUUCAUUGGUUGGUGCCUUUUUAGCUUUUGGCUGUUUUGUGUUCAUUGUUUUCUCCUAUGUGCAGAUCUUCAGGGCUGUGCUGAGGAUCCCCUCUGAGCAGGGACGGCACAAAGCCUUUUCCACCUGCCUCCCCCACCUGGCCGUGGUCUCCCUGUUCCUCAGCACUGCCACAUUUGCCUACCUGAAGCCCCCCUCCAUCUCCUCCCCAUCUCUGGAUCUGGCCCUGUCAGUUCUGUACUCAGUGGGCUUCUACUUCCGUUUCUUUUAUGUCCUCACCUCUCUUAGAGAGGAUACUUGUCUCUCCUGCCUCCGACUCUUUGGCCCCCAAAUCAGGUUCUUGCCUGAUGCUUCAGUCUUCCACGUUUAG